AUGCCGGCGCGAGCGCGGGGACCGGGCAGCGGGGAGCGCGAGCGCGGGACGAGCGCGGCUUCAAUUAGCGAAACAAAGCAAUCAUGGCGGAGCAGGCACACCGGGCUGCGCGCCCCGAGGACUCGGCGACCGCCCCGCGCCCUGGCCGGAUCUUCCAGUCUGGGCUUUUUCUGGGAGCAGAAAUCCAAUUAUAAAUAUGAAACAGACUUCAUUGCUGGACCCAAACUUCACAUCUGCCAAGAAACCAAGCUUCUGCCCAAGAGUAUCUGCAAUGCAAGCAGCAGGAUCAAGGGCAUAAGAGGCUCUGCCUUAGUAACACAGGCUGAGAACAAUCCACCAGAAGAUGGGUGUUCAAAAGCUCCAGCACUCUUUUCUGUUUUCUCUGGGAAGUAUUUCUGGGACAGUAUUGCAUCACCUCUGGAAUGUUCAAGACAAGGAGCAGAAUCAACAUGUAUCACAUCUGUGUGGGAGCCGGCUCAACAAGAGACCGAGCCACUUAGAGUGCCAUCUGACCGUUUCCUGACUGGAUCCAAGGAGUCCAUCUACCCAGUGUUGACAAAUAUGUUGAAAAUGAUCGACCAAUAUGUGGGAUUUGCAUCCUUUCACCUUCAAACUGAGAAAAUCUUUCUACCAACUUCAAACAGAAAUAAUGAAGUGAAUGUAAGCUUUUGGGCCCAGCUUUCUCCUGGCUCUCUCAGGAGCCUAGAACUGAUUCAUCCAAUGUCUGGCUACCCUCCACCCUGAUAGCACACAGAGACCAGUGAUGCAGAGGAGCUAUAGGGGAUCCAGACCCUGAAUAUCACAAAGCAGAUGGGUGUCACUCCAUUGUGCCCUGAUCACGGGUACAGAGACUCCACGACAUAGCACAUGGACACUUUAUGCAGCUACAUUUGGGGAGAUUUGUUAUUCAGAGGUAGCAAUUGUGGCACCCAAUUUGGGGCAUUAGAAAUCAUAUCUGAAUAAGGUAAAGUAUAUCCCUGCUCUUACACAUUUUAUACACUAUGGUUAUAAAAUAGAAAACAUAGAAACUUUCAUCUUAUUAAUUAAAGUAUUCUAUUUUUGAAAACAUCUUAAUUUCAGCAAAACUGACAAUAUAAAUUGCACAUAUUUAAAAUGUACAGUUUGAUGAGUUCUGGCGUAUGAAUAGUGCCAUCACCACAGAUAAGCCAAUGAACAUACCCAUCACCCCAAAGUUUCCUGCCGUCCCUGCACAGUCCUUCAUUCCUGCCCAGGCUCCCGGUGCUCUGCUUUGUAAUUUCAUAUUCAUUUGCAGUUUUAAGAAUUUUACAUAAAGGACCAUAUAGCUUGCCCUUUUUUGUUGUUGUUCAGUUUCUUUUACUAGGGAGAGUUAUCUAUGAUUCAUUUAUCUGUUGUAGAGAUCAAUAACUGCUUCAUUUUUUAUUACUGAGGACUAGUCAUCAUUUGGGCAUGUUACGGUUUAUUUAUGUAUUAGGAAUUGUUUCCAGUUUGGGGAUAUCACAAAUGCAACUGUUGAUAUGCACAUAUGGUCAAGUAUUUGAAUAAACAUGCAUUUUCUUUCCCUGUAGAAAAUACUUUGGUGUGGAUUGCCUUCUAGUCUGUAGCCUAAGUACACUGGCCAGAGAAUAAUGUGGGCAGUCUCAAGGUGGUUUGUUUGCUACUUUUCAUUCAGUUAUUACUCUAUUUUAUUGCCUAAUAUCCAAUGCCUUGAAAUAAGUUCUUACCUAUAGAUGUAGUAAUAUAAUUAAUAAGUAUGCCUAUGAUCAUAUGGUAUAUACAUAUAUAAUCAUGUGCUACUUUUGUUUUCUGUUGUUUUGGGAAGGAAAUUAAAUACGGUCCCCAUUA